AUGUGGCUUUACGCCUUCCUCAUGGCGACGUUCCUCGCACGAGGUUUGCUCAAAAAUUGAAAUAAAAAAUAAAUUUAUCUAUUUCCACAGAUCGAAACAUUUCAAAGGAAGAAAAUGUCCUUUUUCAGUAAAAAAUAUGGCAAGAAAACCCUAGUUUGACUUUUCGGCGAAAUUUUCAUUUUUCAAGAGUUUCUCUCCUAAAUUUUGAGUUCUGCUAUCAAUUAUUCUCGCUUCUAGAGAAAGAAAAAUCAAAAAUUUCAAUUAGGUCUUUUUUUAAAAUUUUUCUCCAGUUUCAAGUUCAGAAUAUUCAGUUUUAGGCUCUAAAAUAAUCCGAAAAAAUUCUGAAUUGGUUUCAGAAAAAUUGGGAAAGAGUCUGUAAACAAAACAAGGCGCUGAAAUCGAAAAUAGCCCUAUAGAAAGGCGGAAUGGUGCUCCGAAGAUAAAAGAAUCGAAAAAAAAAAGUUUAAAGGAAACUUCCUUCAACGAAAAUUGAUUCUAGUUCUUGCUGUAGGCUUUUUGAAUUUUCCACUUAUUUAGUUGUAGAAAGUCUGACCGUCUGCACCCUCUCUUUGUCUCAUCAGUGGAGGGAAGAAGAGGGCGCAGACAGUCAGACUUCUCCAGUUCGGAGACGACCUUGGGGACCCCAAAGUGGUCCCUAAAGAGCCAACUUUAAGGGCCCUUUAAGGUUUUCCUCUAGGGAGCACUUUAUCGCUCUCUCUUUUUGGAGCACCUAAAUUUUCUCCUUGUGAGGGCGAUUUCUUCUCUCCAUAAUGGACUGAUUUUUCCAUUACCCCUAUAGGGACCACUCUAGCGUUCCUUAGAAUGGACUUUUUCAAACCUACUCCCAUCUUUUCAGGAGUCGCGACGGAAGGCUGCGAAGACGCGGAUCCAAAAUGUCCGGACUGGGCUUCAACCGGCGAAUGUGCUUCCAACGCCGUCUGGUAAUUUUAUAAAAAUUUUCGAGGUUGCUCUUGGAAUGACUCGAUUUCAAAAAACACGAUUACUGUACUUCUCCUAAAUUCUGUACGUCUUCAGGAUGAUGGCCAACUGCAGAAAGUCCUGCCAUUCCUGCCAGGGUGGAGAUCGGGCCUGGAAAUUGAGAACCCAUAUUCAGACGACUUAUCAAAACGCUACGGAUAAUAAAACACGGCUGGUUCGGGUGGAAAGCGUCCGAAUCAACAACGUUGAGAUUGUAAGUGAAUGAAUUUUGAACACUCGUGUCUGCGCUCUCUCUUCUCUGGGCGAUCCUCUCUUUUUUACAUACUAUUUUUCCUACGAGAGAAAAGAGAGCGCAGAAUAGUCGGAAUAUCCUGAAAAGUUCAUAUUUAUCUGCGAUUCCUUUCACCCCUACGACUCUCUCGAGUUCACAUGCUAUUUUCUCGUUUUUGGCCUUAUUGAUGAAAGAAAAGAGCGCGCAGACAUUUCAGAAUAUGUUGAAAAUUUUGCCAAUAGAGCGCACAAGUGUCUUUUUCCAUUAAUUAUUCAAGCUCUCUCGUCUCUAAACGCUAUUUUCCCGCGUCUAUGAGGGAAAAGAGAGCGCAGACAAGCCAGAGACCCGAAAAAUCAAUUCGACUUUUUUCAGGAUGAACGACGACAAAACGUCAAAGUAUUUCGGGCGAUUCGUCUUGGUUGGUUUUUUAGAUUUUUUAAGUACCUAAUUUUCGAAAAAUAGAGCUGGAACGACACGGCGAUCAGCUGGGACAAGGAACAGUGGGGCUUGAGCUGGCUCAACUUCUAUUGGAUCCAGAUCUGGACUCCGAUGGUCGUCCAGAUCAAUGGGUUAGUGUCCUUAGAAUCCAUGAAAAAACAGCCAGAAAAGGUUAAGAGGAUAAACAGCCAGAAAAGGUUAAGAGGACUUGUAAUCUUUCUUCCAUUGAAAAUCCAAAAAAGGGUCUUGGCACGACAAAAAAUGCACAGUACCCUCAUAAUUAUUAUUAAAAGCACACUCUUUUAUUGAUGAAGCGAGAGAAAAAAGAAACCACACAGUUAGACGGUUCAAAGAAUGAAUAAACUUUCUCCUUUUUUUAAAUUCUAUAGUCCGUGUGCCGCGACUUGACAGUUUUCGCGUGUCUGCGUCUCUCUGUUCCCUCCCCGACGAGGUCAUAUAAACAUGGAAAUAGCACGUAAACAUAAGAGAGUUGCCGAGAGACGAGGAGGGCGCAGAGAAAUUCCAACCUCUCGAGUCGCGGUAAACGGACAAAAAUUAAAGAAAGCUUAAUUGAAUUUCUGGCAUUUAUUGAAACUUUCAAGGUAAAUUAUAAUUUCCCAGAGCCUCAACCUCCAACCCGGGACAAGUGACGAGCAAGGUCCUUGCCGCAAAUUACACCGGCCAGGUCUACCUGUGGUCCGACUUUUCCUUCACCACACCCUUCCGAUUCCAAUACGAGGACUAUCCCAACGACCUUCAGAAGGUAUCAUGAAACCACAUGGAAUGGCUCAGCGCGUCCGACUGAAAACUACUUGCGCGCAGCGGGACUGUAAAUCAUAAGAGAGUCGCUUCUGGUCGGGCGCAAACAUGGAGUUUUCUGGAUGAGACGGCGUUCACUAGGGACAUUUUUCAAUCUGAAUCCGAACCUAGGGUUAAAAAAACUGAAGAGGUUUCUGAAAAAAGUUGUGAGGUCUCAAGAUUCGAAAAGUUUGAAGAUCUAGGCCUGAUAGCUCUUAUUUUCAGAAGGUAGAUGAACUAGUUACAAUAAUCAAGAAAAAAAAAGACGACUUUGAACCCCUAUAACAUUUUUCACGACCCAUUCGGUAAUUUUUUGACCUCAGAUUCGGAAUCAGCUUGAGAAAUCGCAUUGAACGUCUCUAACUCGAAAGUCCUAAUCAGAAGCUCUACCUCAAAAAGUCGCUCUAGGUAGGGCGCAAAGAAAGCGCUGCUUUGAGCCAUUCCAUGCUCAAGCCGUGACGAUUCAAAUAUCCUUACCUUGUCCUCAGGUCUGCUUUAAAUUCGACGACAAACGUCUCCUGGCCGUUCACUUCACCGUUUCUGACGGCGUCAAGAACAAGGAACGGGAGGCGACGACGGACCCCUACGUCUCCGGCUGGAAGAUCGAAGACGUCGAUGUUGUGGUCAGACUAGAUUCUGAACUCUGAGAUUCAGAAGGGGUUCAGGAGUCGCCGUACACCGUCGAGCAGCUCUCCGACCCACGGCGCAAUCCAUUUGAUGUGCAGGCCGAUAACUGCGAACUUUGCGUCUCGUUGAGAAGGUUGGCAUGGGAUUCCUUCAUAUGAAUAAGUUCAUUCAUAAAUGGCUUCAAGAAAAAGGGUUAUAAGGUCGAUUUGAUUCGCUGUGACUUGAAACUGUCUGACUCGUCUGAGCUCUCUUUUCUCUCGCCGACGAGGCUGUAGAAGAAUGAGCCUCAGAGUGUCGGGGAAGAGAGAGCGCAGAGUGUUAGAGUAUCUUGAGUCGGAGCAAAAAAAAAAAUCAAAAACAUUUUUAGUCGAUUUUACGCGUUUCAAAGUAAUUUUCAUUGGAAAAAGACGAUUUUUCAGGUCUUUAAAAAUGUUAUAACUCGAGUUAAACGCAGAAAAACUACUACCUUCAAUUUUUUUUGGAGUCAGGAUGCUAUAAUGAGGGUCUCAAACUAAGUUCCAGCUUUCUUUUCUUACUAAGAAGUUUGAAGUUUCUAAAAUUAUAAAAAAUGGCAUUGCAAUAAAUUAUAGUAACACGAUCUCAGGACUUAAAAAAAACGUUAGACUCAGCCUUUUCUCAAUAAAUCUGAAACACCAACCUUCAGAAACGCGGUCUACUUCACGGCGGAGAUGCUUCUGCCCGCCUUGAUCACCUCGUUGUUCACCGUCUGCGCCGUCUUCUUCCAGCUUUCCAAGACCCAGCCGAUGCUCCUCGGCUUUUCCGUCGUUUCGCAGAUUUUGGCCUUGAUUCUCGUCUCCCAACGUCUACCAUCCUUCACGGCGCACACUCCGACCAUCCGUGAGACUUUUAAAAAGAUUUUUUUUAUCGAAAAAAGUACCCCUAUUUUUUGGAGAUAUUCUUCUUAAGUCGCUCGAAAACAGAUAGAAAAUUUUAACUAGUAUCUUUUUAAACACCCUAUAUAACUGAAAAGGUUCCAAAAACAAAAGCGAGAGAACAGCUGCGCCUUAAGAGACGCCAGAGAAAGAGAGACAUAUUGCCUUGUCUGGUGUCUCUUCAGAUCGCCUUAUCUCUCGCUUUGCCCUUUUUUUUUAGUACAUUACAGUCCCUAGUGCAGAAAAAAAGCGAAAAGAUCUUGGUAAACCAUGAAAAUUAGAUCAAAUCCUCGCCUUGAUUUGCUCAAUUGGGUCAAUAACUAAAAUCGUAAAAAAGAGAGGAGAUUCAAAAAAAAUUGAACUAGAAUCUGACUUCCAGAAAGUUUCCUAUGAAACAACCUUCCCCAUGAAAACUCACCAUUUUCAGGCAUUUUGCCAAAAACUUCAUUCUUUUCUUCCUUUUCAAUAACAUUUUUAUAGCCUAAACUUAAUACCCACCAAAAAAAAACCAACUUUCAGUUCGAUUCGCCGGUUUCAACAUGGUGAUGACGGCGCUGCUGUUCAUCAUUUCCCUGGUUCUGGAACGUAUGGCGGGAGCUACUGUUGAAAUUCCGCCACCGCACAGGGUGACGCAGUUUGCUGGGAUUGUCGAUCGAGCGCUUCCACUUCCGAAGGUAAAGAAAAAGUGAAAAAAUCUGGAGUUAAAAAUAAUUGGACACAAAAAUAAUCUGAAAAUUAGCACCUUCUGCGCUCUAUGGAUAUUAUGAAACUAAAUUUUACGAGUCAAAAUUUGUGAAAUCCAUUUUUUUUUUGAGUUUUGACCAGAACUGACUAUCCUCAAAAAAAAGGUACAGAGAUCACCAAGAAACUGGAGAGACUCCAGAGAAAUAAAGACACUCUCGCUGUCUGGCGUCUCUUCAAGCCGCCGCUGCUCUCUCUUUUGCUUUUUCCUGAUUUUCAGUUCAAAACAGAAGUUACUCUCUGAAGCCAUUUGACGUGACUAUUUAUAUGCGGCUGAUUUUACAAGGCUCUUUUUUAAAUCAUUUUUUAUUCAGAACUCCAAACACGAGGACACAACUCUGCACUACGCCUCAUUCGCCCACGCUCUCAAUCACGUCAUUUUCGCUAUCUCUGGCUGCCUCUACUUCAUCGUCAUUAUCUCUAGCUUUGUCUUUUAA